AUGGCCGACCAGACGAAGACUGCUCCGGUUGAUGAGUACCGUGUUAUGUGGACCCCCGUAUGCUGUUCCCGGAGCCUCCCUUGUCCGCUAGUCCGAACCUCAAAGUAGCUCAUUACUAACCUUGACAGAAUAAAACUCAAAAAAUCAAGAAAUGGCACGACGGUUAGCUGCAUUCACUUCUCGGGCAUAUUUAAGCUAACAUUGACAGGGUUCCUCCGCUACCAUUCAUUCAAUAGGCGCAUGCUGGUCUAUGAUGACGGUCGACAUCUCGUGGUUCGCUUCCAUCGCCUCACUCUCUUCACACCCCCGAAUUAUCAAACCUCUGCAACUGACUCCGGAAAUCUAUAGGCUGAUAUGUACCUCCGCGACCGGGAAUUUCUGGGUGAAGGGGACGAGCUCGAGUUCGAACAUCACCUUGUUUCCAUUGAGGACUUUAGCGGUUCGGUGAAUCAAGAUCUUACACCAAUAUUCUCGCCGGCCCUACAACGGAAACAAGUAUGCACCUUUCUUCAUCUUCAAAUUCCGGGGGCUCACUGACGUUACCAGGCUGCUACUACGGCGGCAUCUGCGGUUCAGACGCCUAUACCGAACCGGCUGAGAGAAUCGGCGGGGACUUUGGGAGGUGGAUCAACGGGUGUGCAAAGUGCUAGGCAGCAUCGACCCACAACUCGAGGGUCAUAUACGCCUACACCCGUACAGGGAGGGAAUAGGAACGGGCCCGGGGAUGGACAUAUGGCUACACCUAGCCGACCAGCCCAGGCUCCAGCUACAGUCCCGAGGAUGAACAGACAGAGCGGAAGGAACGGAGUGAUUAACCCAAAUACUCCAGGUCGACAGGGUUAUCCGCCUAUAGCAGGACCGGGGAGAAGCGGACAAGUGAAUGGGCCUAUGGUGGUGGAUACGCCUGGCCCGCGGGCUCGUGCGUCGAUGCCGGCUUAUGAGGGAAGCGGACAAGUCAAUGGAAACAUGAAUAUAGGUGCACCAGUCCGAAAUUCUACAAGUCACAAUUCACAUCCGACUAGACAACAUGUCUUCCUGCCUCAAGCUAGUGAACGAUCAACCAAUUUCGGACGUACUGAAGCACCAGUUCCGCAGCAAGCUCCUCCGCCAGCCAGUCCGCAACUAGUCCCAUGCCCUCAAAAUUAUAACACACGUCCUGUAGGCCGCAUUCCUCCUCUAGUUACAAGGGGAGCAGCACACGCGAGUACACAAUUACCAGCCCAUCGCCCGCCUCCCCCUCGGCAUCCUCAACACCAGCAAAGGGACGGGGCAUCGGAGAGAGGGCGCCCUGUAACUGCUGGCCGUCAGAUACCUGCUCAAGCCAAUAGGUCAGGGAACGUUACCCAAAUAACGCCAUCUAUGCCCCAGGGACGUCCAGCAUCCCGAGCGAAUCAAAACCAUCUGGCACCUCAACAGACUGGACCCCCGGUGCGACAAAGGCACAGCCCUCCGACUCCUCAGCCAAGUGGUCCCGCCGCACCCAGGAUUCCUAGCCCAGUUCCUCCACCACCCGCACCGGCCCAAGCACUACCUGACGAACUCGCCUUUACAGCACCAGCAACAAUAAGCAAAAUAAGACAGUUCAGCGCGCCCUCCCGCACCCGCCCACCCCGACAACCAACCGCACCACCACCGCUACCGCCACAGAAAUCCCCAGAAUCUAUCCAAGUCCCAAGCUCCGCCGCGGAACUCCCACCCCGCAUAUCCCGGACCCCCUCCCCACAUAAUAGACUACUACCCCUUCUCCAAAAGCAAACCUCAAUCCCAAACUCCAGGUCCCCAUCACCUACCCGCAAUCCAACAAACCGCCCACCAAAGCGGCCCUCAACCAACAACGACGCAAACCUACCCCCGACCAAACGCAAAACCCAAUUUCAAUCCGUUAGGAGAUUAGUUGAACAAGAAGAACAUGACGAGAUCCACGACGUAGAUGAUAGCGACGACAACGACAAUGUGGCAGGACCUAUCCCCCAGGGUGCCGGAGUGAUCAAGUUAUCUUCCACCUCUGGCCCGAAGAAGAAGAUGCUGCUGUGUGCUCGGCCGCCGACGUUUAAGUUUCCGCCGAAGCAACCGGAGGAGAGCGGGAAUGAGGAUGGGAGCGAGAGUAGGGAAAGGCCGAAGACUGUAAUUGACCAAGAGGACUAUGAUGGGUGGGAUGAGGAUGAUGAGAUUAUGAGGUUGUAUUAA